ACAGGUAUAUUUCGUUAUUUUUUUAUAAUAAAUGGACGAAUUCGUUGCCGCUCCAGCGCAGGAUAGCGAAAAUCUUUUACAAAAAUAUCCGUUUAUUAUUCAGAUAUCAAUUUUAGAAUAUUUAGAAAUCGGCGCGCUGGGCGGUUUGGAGGUGGUGGAAGGCGGGCUGGUGGGUGGCGAUCUGGCGCACGUGCUCAGCGCUCAGGCGGCCGCCCACGCUGCAGCAGCCCACCAGCAGCAACAGCAUCAACAGCAACAGCAGCAGAUUGCUGUGCAGCAAAUCAAAACGUCUCCAUCAUCAGGCCGGUCCACCCCCGUAGCGACCACAGCAGGCACCACAUCCCCGUCACCAUCAAAGCUGUUCGUGGGAGGCCUAAGCUGGCAGACCAGCUCAGAAAAGCUAAGGGAAUACUUCGCCAUGUUUGGAGCCGUCACAGAUGUGCUCAUUAUGAAGGACCCGGUCACACAGCGUUCGCGCGGCUUCGGCUUCAUCACUUUCCAGGAGGCUGCGUCCGUCGACAAAGUCCUCGCGGUCCCCGUGCACACGCUGGACGGCAAGCGCAUCGACCCCAAACACGCCACGCCGAAAAGCGCGCCGAAACCCGCCAAAACCAAAAAGAUAUUCGUCGGCGGCGUCGGCCAAGACACCUCCGCCGACGAAGUCCGCGCUUACUUCUCCCAGUUCGGCCUCGUCGAAGACGCCGUGAUGUUGAUGGACCAGCAGACGAAGCGCCACCGAGGAUUCGGCUUCGUCACCUUCCACUCCGAAGAAGCGGUGGAACGCGUGUGCGACAUACAUUUCCAUACGAUUAAGAAUAAGAAGGUGGAGUGUAAGCGCGCUCAACCCAAGGAAGCGGUCGCGGCUGCUCCUCUAGCUCUGGGGAAGCGGUUGGUGUUGCGUCCCGGAAGAGGUUUGGUUUACGCAGCGGGCGGCGUCGGGGCGGUGCCCACGGUGGGCGCCCACGCGUACAGGUACGCCCCGUACGCGCUGCCGGCCGCAGCGACGACCACGACGCUGGUGGCCCCGCCCGCGCCGGCCCCGGCGCCCACCUUGCCCCAGUUCGGCGCAGCGUAUUCCCUCGCGGGAGUCGACAUGUCUUCUUUCCAAGGCGUCGACUGGAGUGCGAUGUACGGAGUCCCCAUGUACAUCUAAGCGUCGCCGGAACACCCCCCACCUGAAGAAGUUAACAGAGGUUAGGUCACUGCGCUCGCAGCUAUUAUUUUUUUCUCUCCAAACAGUUCCUAUAUGAUUGUUUUCGAAAACGUCUUGCCACGUUAAAUAGACGCGCGCGUGGUUUUCAGUAUUUAUAACGUUUUAAGGCUCAUCGACAUAGGUUAAGGUCAAUUUCUCGAAGCAAUAUUUUUUGGCCCGCCAGAGGCCCGAAGCAAAGAUACGCAUUUUUUUUAAAUAACUACUUAAUUAACGUAAAGUUAAGGCGAAGAUCUCAGAUAAUUUAGUUUGUCCUUGAUAUUACGAAAAAAUAAAAACGUUUUUUUUCUCUCUCUCUCUCUUAUAUUAAUUACUUAUUAUUAGUAGAUACUUAAUACUUAUGUUUCUUGACUUGGUUUUUUUUUUGUAAUUGUAGUGAUUAGUUAGUGCACGACCGUUGGCAAUAUGAUGAUUAUUAUUAGCAUUAAUAAUAUAUGUAAUUAUUUAUAGUAUAGUUGUGAGGAGUGUACGGUGAAUCUCAUUGCAGCUCUGUAUUGUUUUUUUUUAAU